ACUAUUAAGCCAGUUCAAACUACUACAGUCCAAGAGAAGUGAGAAGAAGCAAAUUAGUGGAAAAGUCAAAGACAGAGAGAAAUGGUGAGUGGAGAAGUAAGUGUAACAGCUGCAAUGGUUGCAGCUCAGUUCUUGGAAGUGGGCUUGAACACUCUAAUCAAAGCAGCCACCAACAAUGGAAUGAGUAAUUAUGUUUUCGUUGUGUAUUCAAACCUUUUGGCUCUAUGCUUCCUUCUACCAUCCACCCUUCUUUACCACAGGAAGAGAGCUCCUCCACCAAUCCCAACCUCAAUUCUCUGCACAAUAUUUCUUCUUAGCUGUCUCAGUACUGCAGUUCAGACUUUGAUGUAUAAUGGUAUAGGAUAUAGCUCUCCCACUCUGGCCUCAGCUAUGGUAGACCUUGUCCCUGCUUUUACCUUCAUUCUUGCAGUAAUUUUCAGGAUGGAAAAUUUGAAUCUGAAACUGCAUAGCUGUCAGGCAAAAGUUAUUGGCACAGUGGUCUCCAUUGCAGGGGCAUUAAUUGUGACUUUAUAUAAAGGGGUGCCAUUGACUAGUGGUCCCUUACGAAAUAUAGUAAUGGGUGGAAGUGGAAGUUACCUCUCAGUGCAAUCAUUCUGGUUACUUGGUGGUUUUCUUCUUGCAAUUGCUAGCUUUUGCCUUUCAGUUUUGUUUAUUGUCCAGACUUGGAUUAUCAAGAACUAUCCUGAAGAGCUAGUUGUAACAACCAUUUGUUGCAGCUUCGUAGUAGUCCUAUCCGCCAUAGUAGCUCUAAUUGCAGAGGGUGAUCCAAAAGCUUGGGUAUUCAGAACUGAUAAGGAGUUUGUAGCUGUUUGUUAUGCAGCAAUUUUUGUGGUAUCAAUGAGGAGUGUUGUGUUCACAUGGGCAUGUCGUAAGAAGGGGCCAGUUUAUGUAGCUAUGUUCAACCCUUUAGGAAUGGUCAUUGCACUUGGCACGGGGUUAAUAUUUCUAGGAGACAAUCUUUAUCUUGGAAGCUUGAUUGGAGCUGCAACAAUAGCUAUUGGGUUUUAUGCUGUGAUGUGGGCGCAGGCUCAAGAGGAAAAUGUGGUUAAUAAGAAGGAGGAGACCUAUGAUUCUGCCUCAACUUCUACAACCCCUCUGUUGUCGGCCAAAAGCACCGGUGUGUAAAUGAUCCUGCAUUUUGUGUGGCAGCAUCUUAGCAGGGAAUCUUGCUCAACAAUGACGCAUAUCAUGUCCUUGCGCUAAAAAAUGCGGGAAAUAGAAACAGUUGUAUAUAGUGAUCAAACGUUAAAAAUUUCAAUCAAG